AUGCGCACAAGAGAAAUUUUACUGUGUGCAGCGGGAAGUAUAUUCAAUGACCUCUGCAAUUACAUGUUUUCAUUUUCUCUCCUAUUUUUCAUGGAGGUAGUGGACCUUUCAGCUGCAGACGCUGGACUUAUAAUACUCCUUGGACAAAUUGUCGACGCGUUGACCUCAAUAAUCUGUGGUUACCUCGACGAUAUGGUUAAAGUACCCGUUCUUUCACAGAAAAUUGGAAUGCGAAAAUCUUGGCAUCUUAUGGCAACGGUUUUUAUGGGCAUCGUAGUUCCUCCCUGCGUCAACCGUUGCAUUCUCUGUAGUGUAAGUCAUCAAACUUGGCUUCCCACUGUCUAUUACGGUUUCUUGUACUCACUGUUUAACAUGUGUUUCAGCGUGGUGGAGAUAAAUCACCUGGCUUUCAUCACAACUUCAGCUGUGUCGGUUGAAGAACUAACAGAUCUUAGCGCCAUCAGGUUUGCUAUUUUUAAAAGUAUUAUAUUUAAUUAAACUUAACUUUUCACCCAUUUGUUGGGCUCUUGCCAAAGAUCUACUGGAGGACAGACGCAUAGUUUAUGUCGCCAUCUGCAAAAUUUUGCUUUUUUAUCAUCUAAAACAAACAGAUUACAUGUUGAUGUGGAUUUACACUUCAAGAUCACAUAAUAUGUCAAAAUGUGGUAACAAAAUCAAUUAUACACUCGGCCACGAGCACAUUCUGACGCCACCUUUGAUCUAUAGCAAAACGGAAGCACGUCAUAAUUUAAUAUUUUUGUUCAUCAGAUGAUGACGCGAAGUUUUUAUUUCAUAAUCAAACUCUCCUAAAGUUACUUUUCCCUGCAACGCUAAUAUAAGCAUAAGUCGGUUGACUUAAGUACCAUUGCGUCUUGCUUCGUAAAAGUCAUAAGAAAUAACACUAAUUUAAUGAAAAACCUUCUACCUAUGCGUAUGUCUGUCAGACCUCCAGUUUUAGUGCUCACACAUGCGAAAUUAGGCUUCGUACAUAUUCGUCAGUUUUUAUCAUGCAUUCAGCCGUUGAUUGACCUUAUUGGCCAUAAUGGACUGCAACUUGUAUUCCUGUGCGAGUCUUCAAGUUUCGUGACUAUUGCUCCAAUUAUAACAUCCCAUGAAGUUCCAAGCAGCCAAUUACGUAGGGGUUUGAUUUUGAGGUUCCAUUUAAGGAAAGCAUCAUGUUAACUUGUACACGAUUCGAGAUAAUUAUGUUGAAUCUUUAUUCAACUAAUUUGCGAAGUUUUCAUAUAGACCGGUUGCGUCUACUUUCUGGUUAAAAUGCGGACAAGAGAACAGCUAUUGUGCGCGGUAGGAAAUUUAUUCAGCGACCUCUGCCGGCAGCUUAAUUUUUCAUUUCAAAGAUCUCUUUCCAAGAAUCCCUGCGGGCGAAAAUCUUGGCACCUUUUCAUAACAGUUUUAAUGAGCAUUGUCAUUCCUUUUUUCUUUAACUGUUGUUUUCUUUGUAAUAGAAAUCAUGGUGGGUGGCUUUCAAUUGUCUAUUACAUCUUCUUAUUACAUCUUCUUCUCGCUGUACAACAUUUGUUUGAGCACUGUGGAGGUAAAUUACCUUUAUUACAACUGUAACUGAAUCCGUCGAGAAUGUACAGCUCUUAGUGCCAUGAAGUUUGCUUCAAGAAACCUUUUUUAAGACACGUAGUUCAAACGGCAAUCGUAUUUGUUUUAAACAUACUUGUAUAAAUCACUUGUAUAACUUUUAUAUAACUCAACUCAAGAACGGACACUCUGAGGCCGUUUUUUCCUAACUUAUCCUGUAAGAAUGAUAAACGUGGCAUCUAAGAACAAUUUUCCUUAUUCUUCUCUUUUUCUUGUUCAAAAGGACAAUGUUCAGCUUCCUUAGUGGUAUUUACAUAUACGUGAUCGCCUGGGGCCUUUUCGGACAGGACAAUAGCGAUACUCUGGGACCUCAGAGCCUUCCAGAUUUUGUAGUAAGUAGCAGCUUCGUUAAUAGUUUUAUGCCACGAUAUGCUUUGACAAACAGGUGGAAGUUCAAUGCGAUGAACUAAAAAAAAAACGCAAUUAAAAAACGGUUGGUGAAAUUUGGUUUUCUCUUCCUUCGCUGCCUGUCAGCCUUUCAGCCUGUCAGUCUCUUUCUACACAUCUCUACUGGCAUUAAAACUUUUUUUUUGUCCUAAACCUUUCAUUGUUCAAGACCUGAUUGUCAAUUCUCUCCUGGAGCUGCUUUGCAUUUCCUUUAAAUUAAUUCUUGAGAAUUAAGUGUUAGAUCAAGAUAACAACUUUUAUCUGAUAAGCAUUAGCAUUCUCAUCAGCUGUUGGCUAGAGAAUGUAUGUUUGCUAGAGGGAGAGGUUACAAGUUAGUCAUUUCUGGGAGUUAAAAGGUUAAGAUGCUAGUUGAUUAAUUUUUUUCUGAACAGUACCUCUAGUGGAUUGCUACUGGAACAGGACUCUUCUUUGCAGCCAUCUUCCACAUUGGCACAAACGAACCUAAAAAAUGUCAGAGUAAAGAAAGCGCCACAACGGAUCUCACGGUAAGACAGGAAACAAAAGGAUAUUUCCUUUUCAAAUAAUGGUCAUAAAAAAGCUUAUUUUUGUGUUCGGGAAGCAGACAACAUCGUGGAGCUAAAAGCGGCGCGCUUGUGUGAUUGUUUCUUCGUUCUUCAUUUGAUUUAUCUAAAAGACGUUACAUUGCGCGACCAGAGGGAUAGAGGUAUGGUCCACACAUUAUCUAAAGCAACCUUUGAUUCACUCUGGCCACUUUCCCGUUAUUUUGCAGAAAGCUCCUGGAAUAGUCAUUGAAGAGUUUGGAGCCAAAGAUGCCAGUAAGUCUAUGGAUAUUUACUUUGGUGUAUUAUUUAAAAAACCGUCGUUGUUCGCGCAAAAAUUGCAUAUCUAAGGUCCUUUCCAGCGUCAAACUGAUCGACAAAAAUGAAAAACGCUACUCGUCUUCAUCUCAAGGGGGAUGGGUCUUAUUUUUGCAUGGAGCUUCUUAAUAUCUAGUGUAUUGUUGCCUCGGUAUUUUUGAGAAUCUAUUAACUAUCUAUUAAGUUUGAUACACGUGGUCCCAUCUGGACACAGCAUUAAUUUUGCUUGAAAUGUUUGGACAACGUCCUCUUUAAAGCAAAAUGACUAGCUCAGAAGCGCAUGUCAACUGGAGAUUAAGAUUAGUGAUCACAGCAAGGAUAUCAAACCCACAAACUCUCUUCAGUUAUUUCUAGACUGCAUUCCGCCAAGAGGCUAAAUGUCGACUACGUCAGUAGCUCGAGCUUUACUUCAAAGAACCAGCCAAGUAGAUGGCUAGAAUGAGGAAAAGAAUUUCAUCCGUAAACCUUGCCUUCUAAGGAUUGUCUCUUUAGAGAACUUUACCAUAACUCUUUUUUAAGCGAAGCGCAAAACCUCCAGCUUAGCUUGGGUUACUCAGAUUUUUCACUAGCAAGUCAAAACGUGAAAAGAAGUUGAACAAAAACUAAUCGAGAAGAAGUCCAGAUAUCCCGUGUUAUAAAUUUAUUAUUGGAGAUCAUUUUGAGGGAAUAAGUUUCAAUAAUUGAUCCGAAAAAGAGUUGAGACAUGUUCCUGAAGCUGACACGAUUUAGUUCAACCGUUGAACCCUGACGCAGAAAAACCAGACGUUCGUUAAUUGCUUGUUUUGUUUUUUUUUUGCUCAAGAUUCUAGACGGACCAGCCUUGCUUUUAAGUUUACUAACAUGGUUAUGGCUUCAAAUGAAUAUGAAGAACAUCAAAGCCAUGAAGUACGCAUCAGAAAACGAAGUCUUCUGCAGAAGUUUUCUGUUGCCAUGUUUGGUGAUGGGAAAAUUGAUAACACUGAUCAAAAUCAUAAGAAUCCAGAAAGUGAGGAUACAAAAAUACGAGUUGUUCAAGAAGUACAGUAUCUUGAUCGUGAACGCAAGAAGAGUCCACUAAUGCUUGAUUUUGACGGCAUCCUGUUGAGAUUACAAAACGAAGAGCACGAACAACCAACAUGUUUUGGUGCCAUGGAAAACCAAGUUACAAUGGACGGUAAAGCCGACGAUCAUACAACUGAUGAAGAGUUGUGGAACACCGGACACGAAGAGAUCAAAAACACUACUGAAAAAGAUUUGCGGAAAAUGACCAACAACGCGGCCCCUAAAACAUCUUUUUGUGCCGUAUAUAAGCAAAGAAAACAUGGAAUGGUGCUUUUUCCGGAUGAUGGUAAAUUUGGUCUCUCUAACCCUGGAUUUGAAGAUGAUGGAGGUGAUGAUGAUAAGAAGGAAAGCCUUUGCAGUACAUCAGUGAGGAGGCAAAAAAAGUCUUUGACUUUCGAUCCUCCUGAACUUCUUGAAAUGCUGUUCAUGAACGCAACAGAACGACAGGGAUUAAAUCUCGAUCACACGCCUGACAACAAAACGAAUCUGAAUGAAAGUAUUCCAAAACAACACGGUAGAAAAAUCGAAAUAAUAGAAGGUUGCGAUACCAAAGAUAAUUCUUUAACUUCAGGGGAUAACCCUGAUCUUCUUGGUCUCCCUGUUCAAUCGACAAGUUCUACACCUGAGGGAAGACGUCCAAAAGGAAUCAAAUACUGGCUAAAAGAUCCAAAAGUGUACAUGGUAAACCUUCACGUUUCCAACUAUCCUUGUUUGUUGAUUUAGUUGACUCUCUGUGACGUUUUUCUCGUGUUUUAAUUCUCAGGUAGCCAUUAUCUUUACAUGUACACGCCUUGUGCAGGACUCUGUAUACAGCUAUUUACCGCUAUUUCUCACAGAGAGAUUAUCAUUCCCCAAGGUAUAGUUCAAUCUGAUGUGCUCAGUUGUUUUCAACUCUUUGAUAACUAUAAUAAUCUCAUCGUAUUUUUGUUCUGAAUCAGGCAGCUACCGCUUAUUUUCCACUCGUCCUCCUAACCAGUGGCUCUAUAGCGAGUUCAACGUGUAAGAAACUGAAAAGAAAAAUUGGAAGUAAGGUAAGACCUAGAUUAACAGCUUCUUCUAACUGGUCAUUUGACGUUUUUGAUAGUGGAAAUGCAUUGAUUGCGCCAAACGUCGGCUUAUCUACUUGUUGAUGAUGAGUGGCUGAGAGGGGCAAUAAAUAAACGAUCAUCUUAACGGCUUUAUUUAACUUCACUCGACACAUGAACCAUCUUUUCUCAAGUUACGAUAGUCAGGAUUUCGAUUCCUCAAUGGAUUCUCAGAUCUUUUUUUUGUCUGUGUCUUGCUUGUUACGGAACCAUGAACAACUUUAUUUGUUAACUUAGUCUUAGUAACUUUCAUACUUUCUUUGCUAUGCACAUCUAGAGGAGCUACCUUCUGGCAAGUUUAUUUGUGAUGGGUGGCGCUGUUUGGAGCUAUUUUCAAACCUACUCUACCAGACAAUCAACUUAUGCACCAGUGGUUAUGAUAGGAAGUGGUCUCUCCAUUAUGUACGUGAUGGCACUGGUCUUCAUUACCGAGCUGAUCGGGGAAAAUAAGGUUAGUCUCUCGAAACAAGUUUUAAUAGUUUCGAGGAGAUAAUAAGUCGCAAACUCUGAUACAUUUCCAACCAGCCAAUUUUUGAAAUUCAAAUGACAUGAAAGUUGUUUUGAAUGUCGCAAAACAAAAUCCAAACUAAUCUCAACUCUUUGUCGGUACGAAAUAAAAUCUCACAAGCAGCUAGUGAGAAUUUAAUGUAGAUACAGUUAGAUCGCCUGAAGUUUUAAAUUUCGAGUAACAUCUGAUCGGUUGAGAGAUUGCUGCGAUUUUUCAAGGUCAAUCACAGAGGGUAAUGAAAAAAAACCGUUUCAUUCGCGGACUAGUUCCGAAACUUGAUUAACACCAUGAUCAGCGUGCAUAUUUUCCAUAGUGCUCUCUAUAAAUUUUCCAUGAUACUAAUAAGGAUAAUUUUUCUAACAAUCGAAACCUUUGUUUUGAUUGGCGAUCAUUUACCUUUUUCUCUCUUGACGUAAAUGUUUGAUUCAGCAGUGACACUCUGAGGAGAAAUUAAAGACCUGUUGGUCUUAGGGGUAAAGAGUUAGAAAACUACGUUAAUAAUAGUACUAAUGUUGGUUUCCCAUCUGAGAUAUAUGAGUUAAUACGGUGAUUUCCUGUCAGGAAACCAGUGGAUCAGUGUUUUCCAUUAUUACUGUAAUCACCAGAAUCUCAAGCGGUGCACUUAUCAUUGCUAUACAGGAAUUUUAUCCGGAAGAAAGGUUAGUCUAUCAAAUCUUUAUUGAAAUUUACCCUAGAAGGAACAAGAAAGAUGGUAUUUAAAACGUUUAGAUGAUCAGCCGGUUUGUUAAAACUCGAAAAGUAUAUUCAACAGGUUUGUCUUUACCAGCUUGAGGAGGCCAUCGUUGACCAUUUUAGAUUUUAAUAACAGUUUUAAAACCAUGCAUGAUUUAGUAAACUCCUCAAUUCCUUUAUUCAAUUUAGAACCAGCUCAAAUGAGGCGGUUAGCAACUACGUACGGCAUGUGUUUCUAAUGGCGCCUGGAGUAUUAACUCUCGUGGCAUUCUUGCUGGUUUUGUUUUUCCAACCAUCUAACUUUAUCUGUAAAAUUAAAGGUAAGUAC